CGCAUGAUCAAGCAGGCGGAUCCAGAGGAGCAGUUGAAGCUGUCUAAUGGCCGCGGUGUUCCCUGCAGAUGUCCGACAGCUGUUGGUGAUAAAAGAAGAGGUUCCCCGUGAAUGCAACCUCAGUCUGGACCACCACGACUCAGAGCUCCCCCACAUAAAGGAGGAACGGGAGGAACUCUGGAACAGUGAAGAGGGAGAACAGCUCAAUGAGCUGGAGGAAAGUAUCACAGAGUUUCCAUUCACUGUUGUUCAAGUGAAGAGUGAAGAUGAUGAUGAAAAAUCUCAGUCCUUACCACUUCAUCAAAGCCAAACUGAAAGCAACAGUGAGAAAGAGACUCCAGCUAGCAGCUCAGCUGAACAGAUGAAAAUAGAAGGCUGUGGAUCACCAGAGCUAGUCUGGGACCCACAUCUAGACCGUCAUUUACAAUCAAAUACAGAUGGACAGCCCUCAGAGUCUUCUGAGACUGAAGUCAGUGAUGAUGACAAUGAUCAUUGGCAGGAACCCUUGUCAGAUUGUGGAUCAGAAACUGAAGACAGCAGAUUACCUGAGUCAGGUGUAAAUAAUGAUGUGGGAGGUAACAUUGCAAAAAAGUCUUUAAGCUGUUCUGAGUGUGGUAAAUGGUUUCUCUGCAAGCUGUCUCUACAGAAACAUGUGACAUGUCAUUCAAAAUUGGUUAAUAACAAAUCUAGAGUGGAGCAAAGUGUAGAUUCUCAGAUGAAGCGAUUUGGAUGUGAUGAUUGUGGUAAACGAUUUAACCAAAAGAAAGAUCUUAGAGUUCACAUGAGAGUCCACACAGGAGAAAGACCAUUUGGUUGUGCAGACUGUGGCAAAAGAUUCAGAUAUCAAGGAAAUCUGAAGAUGCACAUAAGAGUCCAUGCAGAUGAAAAACCAUUUGGCUGUGCUGAGUGUGGUCAAAGGUUUAGCCGAAAAACAAAUCUUACCAGACACAUGAGAGUCCACACUGGAGAGAAACCAUUUGGUUGUGACGAUUGUGGCCAAAGAUUUAACCAUAAGGCGAAUCUUAAAAUACAUAUAAGAGUACACACAGGGGAGAAACCCUUUAGCUGUGAUGUCUGUGGUCAGAAGUUUUACCAAAAGACAGAUCUUAAGAGACACAUGAGAAUUCACACAGAGGAGAAACCAUUUGUCUGUGAUCACUGUGGUAAUACAUUUAGAUAUCGGUGUAAUCUGAGGAGGCACAUGGCACUUCACAGGGGAGAGAAACAGUUUGUUUGUGGUGUUUGUGGCAACACAUUCAAACGGGAGGGAAAUCUAAAGACACACACUAGAGUCCACACUGAAGAGAAACCACUUGACUGUGAUUUUUGUGGUCGAACUUAUAGACAUCAGUAUAGUUUUAAAGCACACAUGAAGGUCCACAUAUUAUAGAAACUGCAUUGUUGCACUAUACAACAUUUAAAACAACACAGUUAUAAUAUUAAAAACAAACACUUGACAGAAGCACUCUAAAAAAAAAAAAAACAUGUUAUGAACAUUUUAUUUCUGACUGAUCCGCAGUCCCAGAUUUUAUCUGUGACAGCGGUGAUUCAUUUUUAAAAUAAGGAAAAAUGUUCUAGUAGGGCUGGACAAUAUGUACUAAAAAUAAUAUCUUGAUAUUUUUUUAGCUGAAUGGCAAUAUAUGAUAUAUAUAUCCCGAUAUUUUUUUCUUCCCAAAAGAUAUAAACAAGAAGGCACUUCUGAGCUACAUGUCCCAAAUGUCACACAGGCAGUUUUAUUAACAUUCAGCUGUAGAUGUACAUGAGAAAUUGCUCAAAAAUAAAUUAUAGGCAUAUUUAAAUAAUAAUG